UAAAGACAGAAGAUCAAACGGGAUCCAUGUGGAUAUGCAUGCCAAACCCCUAGAAAUCUUUCAAACACUCGUGAAAAAUGGCUUCUUCUUCUACUCUCUCUUCUCCUCUUUCGUGAUCAUUUUCUUAAUCUUUUCUCUCUCCUCUCCCUUCCAGUACUGCGCUCUGGAAAGCCCACAAAACCCUCAACCUUUCACUUCUCUCUCGAACCCUUCCAAAACCCACCUUCACAAGGUCCUCCUCUUCAAUUAUUACCAAAUCCUAUCACCACUCAUUUUCCCAGCCCAGACUGAGAUGCCCAUUUCAUAGUUUUGAUGAUCCUCUUACUUAACUCGGUCAAAGCCAUAUCUUGGUGGCUUUUGCUGCUUUCAGGAUUAGAUUUCAGUUUCGACAACUGGGUUACUCAUCUGCUGUCAGAUCUUCGUACCAUAGAUUUCUCUCACUUCUGCGCUGCAUUCUCUACUACUAACUUUUUCUUUGGUAGACUUCUUUGAGUUUUGACCUCGAACUUCUUGGUGGGUUCUAGGUUUCCAUCAAUUUGGAUAGCUGCUACCCUUAAUCUGCUUUGACUUUUGACGAAGAAUUGAUUUUGAAGAAACCAAGUUAGUUUGUUUUUGAUAUUCUGUCCCCGUUUGUAGUAUAUGUUGAUUUUCCCUAGCUUUGUAAUCUGAUUUUAGUUCCUUAAACUGUAGUUUUGUACUUGUGUGAGAUACCCACUUUUUUUUUGUUUGAGGUGUAUCACUUUUGGGUAGAUAAUUCAUGGACUUCAGGGCAAUAAUUCACCUUUAGUUUGAAAGAUUGCAGUGAUUGUGGCCAUAAUUCAAGUGGGUUUUCGACCCUUUUCCAUCUCCACCGAGCAAAUUCAUCUUCCAGCUGUGUAAUCAGGGUUGAUUAUACUCUUCUCUUGGUGCUGUCUGUCAAAAUGACUGGAAGUGGUCACUGUUUUGUGGAGUGGAAAGAGCAGUUUAUUUCGCAGGAGCGUGGAAAUCGUGUGGUUCACUAUUUCCUGAAGGAUUCUGCCGGAGAAUCUAUCAUUGCCGUUGUGGGAACUGAGCGGAGUGUUAGGCAUAUGUUCUAUGUGGUUGCUGAGGAGUUUGUGCAGGUUUACGGUGCUGAAAAUUCCAUUCAUGCUGGUUUCAAGUGGAGGUCAAGAAGGGAGGUUGUGGAUUGGCUUACAUCAAUGCUAUCAAAGCAGCAUGUACAGGGUGAUGGAUCCAAAACACUACAAGGUGUAGAAUCAGUAAAUGGGCUUGGUGGUCAACAUAUGCAGGGCUGUCUUUUGAAAAAUCCCAGUGGACAUGAUUCAGACAUCGUGUGGUCAGGCAUUGCAUGGACAUGUGGGAAACAACUGAAGCAUUAUCCUGCAUUCUGCAGGAAUGCCACUACAAUAGCAAUCCAAUCGUUUGUCUUUGUCAUGGCUAAAGGACAGAAUCAUUAUCUUGCUUACUUGGAAGAUAUGUAUGAAGACAAGAGGGGACAGAAAAAAGUAAAAGUGAGGUGGUUUCACCACAGUGAGGAAGUCAAGGGUGUAGUUCCUCUAAGAAAUGCUCACCCACAAGAAGUUUUUAUCACACCUUAUUCACAAGUCAUAAGUGCAGAGUGUGUUGAUGGUCCUGCCAUAGUCUUAACUCGUGAACAUUAUGAGGAAUGUUUUGCUGCUUUUCCUGAUGCUUUAUCAACGAGAAUACAUUUGUGCUUUAGGCAAUUUAGAAGCAAAAAAGUAAAGCCCUUUGAUUUGAGUAAAUUGCGUGGCUAUUUUGAUCAACCUAUUCUCUCUUGUUUGAAUUCCAAAGCCUUUCUAGGGGCUGAGCGCAUAGCCUGUGGACUAACUGAAGAAGAUGAAGUAUUGAAUCCAAGCGAGAACAUAAAGCUGGGAGCCAAGAGGACCAGAAGCGGCAGUGUGUCUGAAGCAUUUGUGACAGAUCAUUUAGGAGUUGGAGUUUCUGGUAGUCAGAUUAUGGCUUUUGACUCGUCAUACCUGAACUUAAGAUAUGGUUGGUAUAGCCAUCUAUUUAAGGUUGAUCAAAAGAUUGAGCUGUUGUGCCAAGAUAGUGGUAUACGGGGUUGCUGGUUCAGGUGUACAGUCUUGCAGGUGUCUCGAAAACAGAUAAAAAUACAAUAUGAUGAUGUGCAGGAUGAAGAUGAGUAUGGCAAUCUUGAGGAAUGGGUCCCAGCUUUCAAAUUGGCUGUGGCUGAUAAACUUGGCAUGAGGCGCUUAGGCCGCCCAACAAUGCGACCAGCCCCUCCUCCGAAUGAACAAACAGACCCUGCUCUCGAAGUUGGGUCUGCAGUGGAUGCAUGGUGGAGCGAUGGGUGGUGGGAAGGUGUAGUAACUAAAAUCGAUAACAAUGGUGGUGAUGUUCUGCAAGUUUACUUUCCAGGUGAAAACUUAUUUUUGGACAUGCACAAAAAGGAUGUACGAAUUUCCAGAGAUUGGGUGGGCAAUCAGUGGAUUGAUAUUCAGGCAAAACCUGACAUACUCUCAGCCAUAUCGGCUACAACUAGCCCUGAAACAAAAACAUCCAUUUCCUUGAUGAUUAACAAGGACCUGGUAUCUGAUCUUGUUGCUAUGUCUUGUGUCGAAGUUCCUACCAGUGCUAAACCUAAUACUAUUGAAGAGAGAAAACCUGAGUUUGCUCUGUUAAGUGGUUCUGAUAGCCAUCUUGAAGCCACGGAAUGUGUUGACCGUGUGAUGCCUCCAACACCAGGUUCCAUAGGCAACAAGGAUGGUUGUGAAGACAUCAAUAUCAGUCAUGGUAAAGGUGAAGUUGCAGGUGAUGAUGAAGUUCAGGGCAAUGGUCAGGUUGAAGUAGUUGGUGAUGUUAAUGACUGUGCUGACAAGAUAGAUGUGGAAGUCUCGGAGACUUCUGAGAAGAAUAGUAAAACUACAGAACUCAUGGAAGUGAUGGCAUAAGAUGUUUAAAAUGAGCUCUGACUGCAUCAUCUCUAAAUUGUCAUGGUGCUGCUGGUUAUAGCUAACGUGGAAUUGUGGAUAGUUCUCAUUUGGUGGUCAGGAUGCUUGUAAAUAAUAACAGGAGAAUCGCUGCUUCUCAACCCUUCUUACCUCCACGUCCACGUCCACGUCCAUAGAUGUACAGGAAUUAUCUUAGAUUUGUAAGAUUUCCGUUGUAAGUGGUUGUAUAAUUGGGAUUGGAGUUAAAGAUUACUUUGGUCAGAAGCCCUCUAAUUGAUUCGGCUCCCUUGGUGGUUCAUGCUUUUGUGAUUCUCGCUUGUAAGUUGCAUCAUCUACCAAACCUUCGGCUCUUGUAAUAUCAAAUAAUUAGUUGUUUCUAGUUCUGUUUUCCCCCGAAAA